AUGAUUUUGUUCCUUGCAACAUUAUUAAUGUUGUUGCCUCGUAUUACACAUUAUAUUCCACUCAGUAAAUGCAACGUGGGAGACCCAGUCCUUAUUAAACACAAGAAAUAUCAUUCAGAAGAUCUGGUUAUUGGUGGAAUUACUUCUCAAUUUUCCAUGUUUUCCAGCUCCAUAACAUUCAUAAGGCAUCCAUCAGAAGAAAAAGUUGAUGAUUUCAUCUAUUCUCUGGCGAGAUGGACUUAUGUUGCUUCCAUAGAACUUCUUUCUUCAAAGGGAAGAUUCAUCCCAAACUACAAGUGUGAUCUCAAAGACAAUGCAGUAGCUGUUCUUGCAGGACAUAAUGCUUUCAUUUGUCAGUUGAUGUCAAACAUUCUGAGCAUUUACAAAAUCCCACAGGUGACAUAUGGCUCUGCUCCAGUUUUGGAUGUCAGCACCCAGGGUGUUUUCUUGCAUCGGGCAUUUCCAAAUGAAGGUCUUCAAAUUAAGGGGAUGAUCCAAUUGUUGCUCUAUUUUCAAUGGAUAUGGAUUGGAUUAAUUGUCCAAAGUGCUGAGAAACGAGACAGGUUUCUACAGAAUAACCUUGCCUUGUUUUCUCAGAAAGGUAUUUGCUUUGACUUUGUGGAAGAGAUACCAAAGUCAUCAGUUUCCAAUGAAAUAUAUAAUCUUGUCACAAAUUACAUAAAAGUUUACAAUGUUAUGAUGACCAGUACGGCCAAUGCUUUGAUUAUCCAUAGUGAAAACCAGGAGAUGGUGGUUCUGAGAAUGUUGCCCUAUAUUUCUGACUAUGAGAAUGUAACAGUGAAGAGGAAAGACAAAAUUUGGAUAAUGCCAGCCCAGAUGGAGUUCUCAUCACUCCCUUUUCAAAGAUAUCGAACUAUGGAUUUCAUUCAUGGCUCCCUGUCUUUUGAAGUUUCCUCAAAGGAUGUCCUGGGUUUCAAGAGGUUUCUUCAGAUGAGAAAAAUUACUUCAUCAGAGGAAGACAGUUUGAUCAGAGUCUUUUGGGAAAAUGCAUUUGAGUGUUCUUUCUCCAAAGCCAUGUUAGAGAAGGAUGCUGUGAAUCAAUGCACAGGUGAGGAACAGCUGGACACACUUCCUCAGUCAGUGUUUGACACCAGGAUGACUGGUCAGAGUUACAGUGUCUAUAAUGCUGUCCAUGCUGUGGCACAUGCUUUGCAAGCCCUGCUUUCAUCAAAAUACCAACUCAAGGCAAGAAGAACUGGCUCAGACCUCAGGAUGUGGAAUCAAUAUGUGUGGCAGCUUCAUAAGCACCUGAGAACUGUUUCAUUUAAUAACAGUGCUGGAGAAAGGAUUUUCUUUGAUCAAAAUGGAGAGCUAGCAAUUGGCUACGAUGUGAUCAACUGGGUCAUUUUCCCCAACCAAUCCUUCCAUCGAGUCAAAGUUGGGAAGGUAGAUCCGUUUGGUCCCCCAAACAAGCUGCUCAAGAUUUCUACAAAGAAAAUUAUCUGGCCCACCAUGUUUAACCAAGCACAUCCCUUUUCUAUAUGCAACUACCAUUGCUUUUCAGGGUAUAGCAAGAUAAAAAGAGAAGGAAAGCCAUUUUGCUGCUAUGAUUGCCUUCGGUGUCCGGCAGGGAGAAUUUCUAACAAGACAGAUGCAGAUGACUGUUUUCAAUGCUCAGGAGAUCAAUAUCCAAAUGAAGCUCAUAAUCGUUGCAUUCCCAAACACAUCAUAUUUUUGUCUUACAAAGAACCACUGGGUCUCACACUGACAACCAUUGCUUUAUUUUUUUCCAUCACUUCAGCUUUUGUGCUUAAGAUCUUUAUCAGUCACUGGGACACUCCUAUAGUAAAAGCCAACAAUAGGAACUUCACUUUUGUUCUUCUCAUAGUUCUUCUGCUCUCUUUUCUCUGCACUCUGCUGUUCCCUGGGCAGCCCAACCAAGUGAAAUGUCUCACACGACAAACUUCUUUUGGCAUCAUCUUCUCUGUAGCCAUUUCUUGUAUAUUAGGGAAAACAACCAUUGUUGUUCUUGCCUUCAAGGCUACCAAUCCAGGCUCCAAAAUGAGGAGAUGUGUGGGGAACAACUUUGCUAUUGCUAUUGUCCUAUUUUGCUCCCUGGUGCAAAUCACCAUUUGUAUAGUGUGGGUGGCUAUUUCACCCCCAUUCCCAGAUUCUGACAUGCACUCCAUGCCUGAAGAAAUUGUCCUGGAAUGCAAUGAAGGUUCAACCACAAUGUUUUACUUAGUCCUUGGUUUCAUGGGUUUCCUGGCUGCUAUUAGCUUUACGGUGGCCUUCUUUGCUAGGAAGCUACCUGACAGCUUUAAUGAGGCUAAGUUUAUCACUUUCAGCAUGUUAGUCUUUUGCAGUGUCUGGAUAUUAUUUGUUCCCACCUAUCUGAGCACCAAGGGAAAAUACAUGGUGGCUGUGGAGAUCUUCUCCAUUCUGGCUUCUGCGGCUGGAUUACUGGGCUGCAUUUUUUCUCCCAAAUGCUACAUUAUUGUUCUGAGGCCUGAUUUAAACAGAAAGGAACAACUGAUAAAGAAACAAAAUUGA